AUGCUCAAUAGGACAGCCACUGAGGAGGUGACAGUGGACAGCCCGAUCCCAGAUAACCUCACGUUCUACUUGGAGAGACACCCAAACAUCACCCAGAUCUAUGAUGGGACCGAGCUGUCGUUCCGGGUGACCAUCCACUUCCCUUCAGGUUCUUCGGACGUCGUGGUGGAACUCUUCUCAUCGGAUAACGACACGACCCAAGCUAUGUUGUGUAACCCGCGGGUGGUCCACGUGGGGGAUAACCUCAACAUGGGGAAUGUGACCCCAGUUUUGGAGUCUGUAUACGGCAACGGCAUUUACGACAGAGCCAUCCUUAACCUUGGUACAGUGGAAAACAGCGGAACCGACGCGUCCACGCCCAACGCCAGCAUGGUCUUCAUCGACUACAAGGUGUACAAGAUCACGUCUAAUUUAACAGUCUCCGGGGAGGAGUACUGGUUGAGUGCGGGGGCCUCCUUCAACAAUGACAGCGACAUUUGGGUGGCACAGGUGUCCUACAUCACAGAGACUGAUGUUUUUAACACCAGCGCCCCAGCGAAUCUCACCCUCAACGGGCCACCCCAGGUGGAGAUCGGAUCAGCCGCCAAGUUUACCCUCGAUAUGUACAUCCCUUACCCCACAGCCACAAUAGCUGUAGACGCCUUUACCCCCUAUAACACAUCGGACGUCAUGUCCAUGUGCAGCGUGACGCUGAAAAACACCGGACUCAACUAUGCAUGUCUGAACAAUGACGCCAUCACCAGCACCAUCUAUCCGUAUGCAGGCGGAAACGGCAAUAAUAGAGGGCGUCUGAAUCUAGGACAGAUGGUUAAUACAGGUAAUAGGGCCAGUGGCUGA